AGCUCCCGAGUCGCCGCCGCCGCCGCCGCCGCCGGGGGCCUGGCGCUCCCCUCGACCGUGGGGCGCCCGCUUCUGCAGCCGCCAGCGGAACAUGGCGCCGUGGACGUUCUGGCGCUGCUGCCAGCGCGGCGUGGGCUGGGUGCCGGUGCUCUUCAUCACCUUCGUGGUCGUCUGGUCCUACUACGCGUACGUGGUGGAGCUGUGCGUGUUUACUCUCUCUGGAAAUGGAGAAAACGGAAAGGCCGUUGUUUACCUUGUGGCUUUCCAUCUGUUCUUUGUUAUGUUUGUAUGGUCCUAUUGGAUGACAAUUUUCACAUCUCCCGCUUCCCCCUCCAAAGAGUUCUAUUUGUCCAAUUCUGAAAAGGAACGUUACGAAAAGGAAUUCAGCCAAGAAAGACAACAAGAAAUUUUGAGAAGAGCGGCAAGGGACUUACCUAUCUACACCACAUCAGCUUCAAGGACCAUCAGAUAUUGUGAAAGAUGUCAGUUGAUUAAACCUGACCGGGCACAUCACUGCUCAGCAUGUGACAUAUGUAUUCUUAAGAUGGAUCAUCACUGUCCUUGGGUGAAUAACUGUGUGGGAUUUUCUAAUUACAAAUUCUUCCUGCUGUUUUUAUUGUAUUCCUUGUUAUAUUGCCUUUUUGUGGCUACAACAGUUUUACAGUACUUUAUAAAAUUUUGGACGAAUGAACUCUCUGAUACACGUGCAAAGUUCCACGUACUUUUUCUUUUCUUUGUGUCUACAAUGUUCUUCAUCAGCGUCCUGUCACUUUUCAGCUACCACUGCUGGCUGGUUGGAAGAAACAGAACAACAAUAGAAUCAUUCCGCUCACCCACAUUUUCGUAUGGACCUGAUGGAAAUGGUUUUUCUCUUGGAUGCAGUAAAAAUUGGAGACAAGUCUUUGGCGAUGAAAAGAAAUACUGGCUACUUCCAAUAUUUUCAAGCUUGGGUGAUGGUUGCAGUUUUCCAACUCGCCUUGUGGGGAUGGAUCCAGAACAAGCUCCUGUUACAAAUCAAAAUGAAUAUGCUAGAAGUAUUGGCUCAAGUCAACCCUUUCCUAUCAAACCGCUUAGUGAAUCAAAAAACCGAUUGUUGGACAGUGAAUCUCAGUGGACAGAGAAUGAAUCUGAGGAAGGCACUGUCAGAUCAGGGACAAAUAACCAUGUUACAGUGGCAAUAGAAAAUUGAGUACCACUGGUUCAUAACUAACCAUUUGAAUAAGAACAAGGUUUAUAAAAACAUAUUAUGGACUGAUACUUUCAGUUUUAU